AUGCAAUUUGAACUAGUUUUGACACUUUUGAUGGCCUUCUCAUGCGCCGCUCGCCACCAUCACCACAGGCGACGGCAACAUCGCACACCGGGCCAUCUGCAUUCCACAACAGACUCUCUGUUCGCCGACAAAUUCGUGGUGCUUCGGCCGACGAAUGUGAACUCGAAAUCGGCCGAAAUUUCCGAGACAAAUUGGGCCUCUCAGGAGACGAAUAAGGUAAAAUCAGGCUUAACUUGAUCGUAUUUUAUAUUUAAAAUAGAUCUACAAUUAUGACAGAGGGCCUAAAUUUGAAAAUUCGGGGGCUUUUACAAAGUCUUUAGUUGUUUUUUUGGCAGUUUUGACAUCAAUUUUUCGUCAUGGAUAAUAUAUUGACGUCAAAAAAUUUCGAAUUUUAUGGCCUGUAAAUUUUUGACACGGUCUAUUACAACGCCACAGGGCCCGUAAAAAAAUAUUUUUAAUUUUAAUCAACUAACGCUAAAAUACGAGCCAUUUUUACUAAGCUCCGCCCACUUUUCCACUAUAAUGUCCCAUAACUCGGAACUAACAAACAAAAAAUUUUUUUUUAAAUUACUAUAGGCUGACACAACCACAGUAAAGAUGCGAAAUUCAAAAUUUCAUAAAAUCUAAAAAUAUUUUUUUGCCUAUCACAUCAGAUAUCAAGUAUAAUAUAAAUUUUCCAAUAUACACCUCAAGUUUGGACCCAGAAUCUAAUCUCAAACAAAUUUCAGAUCCUCUUCGACCAUCUACUCUUCCCGCUAAUUCCAAUUGAGAACGCCGGCAUCCACAAAACCGAGUUAUCGCCCGGAAAACACGCGAUUAAAUUCCAAACCGACGCCGAAUUGAGUAUAAAUCAGCCGCCGAAUGACAUAAAAUCGGCGUUGAAGAAGAUUCUGAUGAGGAUAGACAACUGA